GCCGCCGGCGCCGCCGCGGCCGGCCGACGACAGCCCGCCGGACGUCGCCGACUGGCAGGACCCCUUCCUCGACGCCGGCAACCAGCCGACCAUCAACCAAGUGACGGCCAACAUGGUGGACGGCAUCGACCUCGAGGAGGUCAAGGAGUUCGCGCGCGCCUUCAAGAUGCGCCGCCUCAGUCUGGGCCUGACGCAGACGCAGGUGGGGCAGGCGCUGAGCGUCAGCAUGGGCCCGGCCUACAGCCAGUCGGCCAUCUGCAGGUUCGAGAAGCUGGACAUCACGCCCAAGAGCGCGCAGAAGAUCAAGCCCAUCCUCGAGAAGUGGAUGCGGGAGGCUGAAGAAAGGUACAGGCACAAGCUGGGCGCGCAGAACCUGGUGGACUUCUGCGGCACGGAGCCCUCCAAGAAGCGCAAGCGGCGCACCUCGUUCACGCCGCAGGCGCUGGAGGCCCUCAACGCGCACUUCGAGCGUAACACGCACCCGUCCGGUCAGGAGAUCACCCAGCUGGCCGGCCGACUCGGCUACGAACGCGAGGUGGUGCGCAUCUGGUUCUGCAACAAACGCCAGGCGCUGAAGAACACGGUGCGCUUGAUGGCCAAGCCGGCGCCGCCGGCGCCCGGCGGCGGCUACCUCACCGUGGCGCAGAAGCCGCCGAUGAAGGCCGUCUAGC